UAUGAGCUAAAUGGUGACUUUCCAGGGAAGCAAAGAAGGUGCCACAUUUGCUUAUCAUAAUAUUACUUGAUAAUAUUGUUUUUAGGCAGGGACGUAACCUGGUCUGGGCAUUGGGGGCUGUGGCCCCGAAGACUUUUUCUUUAGUCCUGAAUAAUUCUCCACCUGGAGCGGUUUGUCACUACAAAACUGAAUGUCAGUAAAAGAAGAAGGCGGUGUUGUAAUUUUAUAUCUUCAGUGAAUGGAGGCGAGACCAAUCAGACAGGUUUUACAGGAAAUACGUGGAAAUACUCGUGGCUAACAGCUCUAAAUUCUGCCAACCACUAGCUCACACAGUCACUGUGAGGAAAAAUGGACAUAUGCUGAUAUGUUUUCUUUUUUAAAUCAGUAAAGGGGUUGAAACUGAAACCAUAACAUCCUCUGAUGCUGAGCAGGAAAACAGUGUGGCCCCCAGAGCAACAGGGGUGGGCUUGCAUUUGACCCGGCACUUUUCAAACUACUGGAUCGGUGACCCAACACUUCAGGCAAUAACACACAGGUCUGUCUCGGUUGAAAAACCAAUCAAAACAUUCAUGUGAGCUGGGGGUUGGGACAUUUCUCCUAAAGGUGAUCUCCUAUGAGCACUAAAGGGUUAAGCAUGCAGUAAUUAAAUUACUGUAAUUUAAUAUGUUCUAUAAUUUUAUAUAUAAGUGGAAUGUAACCGAGUUAGCCCUAGUAUUGUAUAAGGAAGCAAACACUGAGAUGUUGUGGGUUCUUUACUGCUUAAUAAAAUAAAUGUAAAGAAUAUUUUCUUGAUGUACGCAUGUUCUACUUGCAGUAUUUGCUGCGGCACAUGAUAUCUAUUUUAAACAUCAUUAGUAGCUCAAAUUUUUAUUAAAUAUCAUUAAAAGCAUCUUUUGGAGUAGUGGUGCCACCCCUGCUCAUGAUAUCAGUUUAAAAGCAAGACAAAGAAGGAAUAAAGAUAGAUUACUCUUCAUAAUGCAAAAAUUAGUUUAAAAAGGUAGCCUAGACAUAUGCCAUCCCUCUCUCCAAUAACUUUAACACAAAGCGUUUCAUUAAUUUUAUAUAAUCAGGCAUAAGGAGCGCAUUGGGGAAUGACCUAUGGAAGACCAGUGUUUGUCACGUGUUGAUUUCGACGCUGAGCUGCAGGUGGGGGGUGGGAGGAAGGUGAGGGUGAAAUUUUUGUCCCGGUUGACCCAGCAUAAGGCUGUUAGUGUGGUUUAUAUAGAGAGAGUGCAGCGAUCAGAGCGGCGCUGUCUCAGUGUUAGAGCAUCGCAUCAGCAUCAGCGCGGGAAAAAAUGGCCAACUCUUACCUUCAGGGAGUGGAGAUUUCUGCCUCUCAGUUCCUGGAUAUCUUUCAUCAUUAUGACAAUGACGGUAAUGGGUAUAUCGAGGGGAAGGAGUUACAGAACUUUAUUAAGGAACUUCAGCAAGCUCGGAAACAAGCAGGCCUGGAACUAACAGACCAAAUGAGGGCUUUUGUGGAAGAAUAUGAGAAAAAUGUUGACGGAAAAAUAGAUAUUAUUGAGUUGGUACAAAUACUACCCACAGAGGAAAAUUUCUUGCUAUUUUUCCGUCAACAACUGAGGUCCUGUACAGAAUUUAUGGAGGCCUGGAGAAAUUAUGAUGCUGAUCACAGUGGCUACAUCGAAGCUGAUGAGCUUAAGAAUUUUUUGAGAGACCUGCUUCAGAGAGCAAAGAAACCUUUCGAUGAGAAGAAGUUAGAGGAAUACACAUCAACCACGCUAAAAAUUUUCGAUUUGAAUAAUGAUGGAAAAUUAUGUCUGGCGGAAAUGGCAAGGUUACUGCCAGACGAAGAGAACUUUCUAAUGAAAUUUCAGGGAGUAAAAAUGGCCAGAAAAGAGUUCAACAAGAUUUUUGAGUUAUAUGAUAAGGACAGGAAUGGCUAUAUGGAUGAGAACGAGCUGGAUGCCUUGCUCAAAGACCUAUGUGAGAAAAACAAAAAGGUGAGACUUUCUUCCACAAGCUGUCUGAAAGAUUUUGUUUUAGCAAAUUACAUUGACUCACAUUUUUGCCAGUGCUGGGGUGGGCUUGUACCAACACAGUUUCUUGAAGCAGACUCAUGAAAGCAUGCUAACAUCAGUCAAAAUCCAAUCUCCUGCUUUGUGCGUGCCCUGCAUACAGAUGUGUGACUACAGCAGUACUUAAACCUGGCUUAUUUUAGUCCAUAACAUCUGCCAACUUACAUAUGUA